UCAGCAUUUGCCAAGGAAAUUUUAUUUUAUUUAUUUUUUUAAAAAAAGGAAAAAGAAAGAAAGAAAGAAAGAAUGAUCCGAUUGUUUUGUCAAAGAACGUUGCCUUAUACAAAUCCGGCAGUGCACAGCCGAAUCAACUCUUGGAUAAGUCGUUCGCAACGUGGUUUCUCUUCCCUAGCUGUCCAGUUGACCCAACAAUGCUCCAGCCAUGCAGACGAGUCACCAAUGCCGGAUUUCGAUUCCCACUCGUACGCUGCCAUUCUUAAAGAGUGUGUCCGAAAAAGAGACUCCACCGAAGGGUUUCGACUUCACUGUGAGAUCUUGAAAAGAGGUAAUUGUUUGGAUUUGUUUGCUAGUAACAUUCUUCUCAACGUGUACGUAAAGUCGGGUUCAAUUUCUGAUGCGAACAAACUGUUCGAAGAAAUGCCCCAGAGAAACACUAUUUCGUUUGUUACUUUACUGCAAGGAUUUUCAGAGUCUCAACGCUUUUCUGAAGCGUUGGACUUGUUUCUUAGGCUGCAUAGAGAAGGUCACGAGCUUAAUACGUUUGUGUUUACCUCGACUUUGAAGUUGCUUGUGAGGAUGGGAUGGGCGGAGAUAGGUUGGUGCCUCCAUGGUUUUAUCUACAAGUUGGGGCAUGAUUCCGAUGCCUUUGUUGGGUCUGCUCUUAUUGACGCUUACACUGUUUGUGGAUGUGUUGAUAUUGCUAGACAUGUUUUUAAAGGGAUUGUCUUUAAGGAUAUGGUUUCUUGGACCGGAAUUGUAGCUUGUUAUGCUGAGAAUGAUUGUUUUGAGGAGGCAUUGGAACUCUUCCAUGAGAUGAGGAUCGUUGGGUUCAAGCCCAACAAUUUUACUUUUACUUCUGUGCUUAAGACAUGCCUUGGUCUUGGGUCCUUAAAUGCAGGAAAGAGUAUUCAUGCAAAUGUUAUAAAAUCACAUUACAAGGAGGAUCAGUUUGUUGGUCUUGCAUUGCUUGAUUUAUACACCAAGUUCGGGAACACGGCGGAUGCUCGCAGGGCAUUUGAAGAAAUGCCCAAAAGCGACGUGGUUUCUUGGAGCUUCAUGAUCGCACGGUAUGCUCAAAAGGACCAGUGUGAGGAGGCUCUUGAUUUGUUCUUUCAGAUGAGGAAUGCUUUAGUUUGCCCCAAUCAAUUUACGUGUGCUAGUGUCCUGCAAGCUUGUGCAACCAUGCAAAAUUUGGUUUUGGGGAAGCAAAUCCACUGUCAUGUAACCAAGGUCGGUCUUGACUUGAAUGUUUUCGUUUCAAAUGCCCUAAUGGAUGUUUAUGCUAAAUGUGGAAAGAUUGAGAACUCCAUGGAGUUAUUCGUUCAAUCACCAGAAAAGAAUGAUGUAACUUGGAACACAAUGAUUGUAGGGUACGCACAGUUGGGAGAUGGGGAAAAGGCAUUGAGUUUGUUUUCAAGUAUGCUUAGAUUUCAAUUGUGGGCAACAGAAGUCACCUACUCUAGUGCUCUCCGUGCUUGUGCUAGUAUAUCGGCCUUGGAGCCAGGACUUCAGAUCCAUUCCUUGACAAUAAAAACAACAUAUGAUAAGGAUAUCGCAGUUGGCAAUGCUAUGAUAGAUAUGUAUGCCAAAUGUGGGUUAAUCAAAUAUGCCCGAUUGGUGUUUGACAAGUUAAAGGAACAAGAUGAAGUGACAUGGAAUGCUAUGAUCUCAGGGUAUUCGAUUCAUGGAUUAGGUAUGGAGGCUCUAAAAGUUUUCGAAAUGAUGCAGAAAACAAAGUGUAAACCAAACAAAUUAACCCUUGUGGGUGUCCUAUCGGCGUGUAGCAAUGCAGGGCUAUUGGAGCAAGGACAAGCUUAUUUUAAUUCCAUGAUACAAGACUAUGGAAUUGAGCCAUGUAUGGAACACUACACUUGCAUGAUUGGGCUUUUUGGGAGAUUAGGUCACCUCAAUAAGGCUGUGAAAUUGAUUGAGGAAAUGCCAUUCGAGCCUAGCGUUAUGGUCUGGCGUGCUUUGCUUGGGGCUUGCGUUAUUCAUAACAAUGUUGAACUCGGAAAAUUGUCUGCCCAGAGAGUGCUUGAAAUGGAGCCACAAGACGAUGCCGCACAUGUGUUGUUGUCAAACUUGUAUGCUAACGCAAAGAGGUGGAACAAUGUGGCUUUUAUUAGGAAAAGCAUGAAAAAGAAAGGAGUAAGGAAGGAACCAGGUCUUAGUUGGAUUGAGACACAGGGCAUUGUUCAUUAUUUCAUUGUGGGAGAUACUUCCCAUCCUGACAUGAAACUUAUCAGUGGGAUGCUUGAAUGGUUGAACAUGAAAACCAGGAGGGCAGGGUUUGUUCCUAAUUGCAGCGUGGUUAUGCGUCAAGUGGAGGAUGGUGAGAGGAAACGUCUCUUGUGGCUGCAUAGCGAAAGGUUAGCUCUGGCGUUUGGGCUGAUUAGAACACCAUCUGGUAGCCAGAUUCGUAUAAUUAAAAACCUACGUAUAUGCGUUGAUUGCCAUGCUGCAAUGAAGUUUGUAUCUAAGAUUGUGAAGCGAGAUAUUUUAAUUAGAGAUAUGAACCGGUUCCACAAUUUCCAGGACGGAAUUUGCUCUUGUGGUGAUAGCUGGUAA